GUCGAUUCGCGAUAAGUCGAUAAUCGCGAUAAGUCGAUGCUUUUCUUCUGCACGAAUUAAUUCCUCAUACGAUUCGCGAUUCGCUCGAUAUCGACCUCAAUCCUCCUCAUAUCGACUUAUAGAUCGAAAUAAUGCCUCCAACUCGACUGCAUACAAUGAAGACUGAGCAGCGUCGCGCGCUCAGAAGCUGGUACUCUCAACAAAAUCCUCGGCCUACCCAGAAAGCCUGUAUUGAGUGGUUCUUACAAACAUAUAAUCACCGCCUUACCCAGUCAACAGUCUCUGAUUCCUUGAGCUCUCGAUUUGCUAGCCUUGAUAGCCCGACUUCAAGCAUCUCUCCCACUACCCAACGGCGAAAAGCUGCUGCUUGGCCAGAGCUUGAGGCUGCUCUCUUCGACUGGCAGAAGCGUAUUGACGAAAGCGGAGGGAUAACAACUGGGGAUAUUCUACAAGAGAAGGCAAAACAGAUCUGGCAGUUGUUACCACAAUACAAGGAGAAGCCUAUACCAAACUUUAGUAUUGGGUGGCUUGACAAUUUCAAGAAGCGGUAUCAGAUCAAAAGCCACAUUAGACACGGCGAAGCAGGUUCAGUUUGUUCAACUACAGAAGACGAGAUGAAGGCUAUCCAAACACUAGCAGGAGACUUUAAAGAGGAGGACAUCUACAACAUGGAUGAAACAGGGCUCUACUGGAGGAUGACACCAUCGAGGGGCCUCUCAUCACAAGUUAGGCCUGGAUUGAAGAAGGAUAAGACACGCAUUACUGUAGUAGUCUGUACAAAUGCUACAGGAUCAGAUCGAUUCCGCCCUUGGUUUAUUGGCAAAGCAAAAGCGCCACGCGCUUUAUGAAACGUUAAUAUUUCAACAAUGGGAGGAGAGUGGAGAUGGAAUAAGAAGGCAUGGAUGAAUCAAUACAUCAUGACCGAGUGGCUACAAGCGUUUUACCUCCACAUAGGGAGUUCUAGGUCUGUGCUCCUUACAAUGGACAACUUCCCUGGACAUACUGCAGCUAUUGAAAUUGCUCCUCCGCCUUUGAAUAUCCGAAUCAUAUGGCUACCUGCAAAUUCUACAAGUCGAUUCCAACCACUUGAUCAAGGCAUUAUUGCCUCUCUUAAAGCCCAUUACCGUCGACAAUGGCUUGAAUUCAUGCUCGUGUCAUUUGAGAACAACAAUGACCCUCUAGAUUUCAUGUCUCUUCACCUUGCACUUCGUUGGAUAAUCCGUGCUUGGUAUCAUGAUGUCACAAACACAACUAUUUACAAUUGUUUUGUUACGACGGAACAAGAAGGCUGGCCAACUACAGGACAGGAAGGAGGGAGGUCGCAUGAGACCGGCCCUGGUACCUGGAG